UUUAUUCAGCAUCCGAUCCAAGUCCAGCUCGAACAACCGCGAAUCAUUCCUCUAAGGCGUGACUGGGGACUAAAUGACAACGGUAAUUGCUGCCGUUCCAAACUGGGCGGAAGUCGCUUCUGAGAGGGGCGGAAGUGUCUCUCUUUCCCUGGAGGGAGGACGCCAUAUUUUGGCAAGAGGGGAAUCCGCCAAGUGAAGGAAAUUGUGAAGUUUGGGCUUUAGCAAUAAUGAGAAACGAAAAGAUUCAAAUUUUUGCGAGACAAAAUAACAAUCAGGUCAAAUAAUUUCAACCUUUAUUAGAUCGCUAGCAGUGUUAUACUUAAUUCAAAAUCCCUGGUGAAUAAGGCCUUAGCACAGGCCCUUGCUACCCUGACUGCUUUCUUUCCAGCCUCCACUUUUGCUCAUGGUUUAAUUUUGGGAUAAUUUGCCUACCUUCUUGUUUGUAUUUGUGGAGCAACUCUAGGCAAAGUCCAUCUCAAACAUGACACCCUCUGGGAAGCCUGCUCAGUCUGCCCCUCUCAAUUCUUGGUACCUCCCCUGAGCUUUGAGGGCCAGUUUUUUAGCUAUAUUCACGACCUGUGAGUCUGACUCACACUGAGCCAAGCUCCUUGAGGGGAAGGCUUCAAGGCUAGAGAAGUUGUGGGUGGCCAGGGCAUAAAAGCAAGUCCCGGAAGGGCCUGAGUAAGGGGCCAGGGUAAAUCAAGAGGGCUCAGGAAUGAGUGGUAUGGAGAACUGCCGUUGGAGGAGACAGGUGAAGUGGGCUGCCCCGGUGCCCAGAGGACUCUUGGGCCUUCCUUACUUUAAACAGGGAAGCAAUGGAGAAUCUUGGAAGUGAAGGAGUUUAAAUGUAGGGAAUGCAAGAUUGGAUGGGAGGGAAGGCAUUGUGGUUAAAUCUGUUUUAGAAAAUAUCCAGUCCUGGGCAGCGCCUGUGGCUCAGUGGAUAGGGCACUGGCCCCAUAUGCUGAGGGUGGCGGGUUCAAACUUGGCCGGGCCAAACUGCAACAAAAAAAUAGGCGGCAUUGUGGUGGGUACCUGUAGUCCCAGAUACUCAGGAGGCUGAGGCAAGAGAAUUGCCUAAGCCCAGGAGUUGGAAGUUGCUGUGAGCUGUUUCAUGCCAUGGAGCGUUCUACUACCGAGGAGGACGAUAAAGCGACUGUCUCUAAAAAAAAGGAAGUAUCCUAGUCCUAAUGUCCCCUGUCUCAAGAUUCUCCUCAGCAAAGGCCUAGGGCUGGGCAUUGUGGCUGGGUCACUUCUGGUAAAGCUUCCCCAGGUUUUUAAAAUCCUGGGAGCCAAGAGUGCUGAAGGGCUGAGUCUCCAGUCAGUAAUGCUGGAGUUAGUGGCAUUGACUGGGACCAUGGUCUACAGUAUCACCAACAACUUCCCAUUCAGCUCUUGGGGUGAAGCCCUGUUCCUGAUGCUCCAGACAGUCACCAUCUGCUUCCUGAUCAUGCACUAUAGAGCACAGACUGUAAAAGCUGUUGCAGGCAGCAACCAACUACCACAAUGGGAACACAGGUCAGCUCUCAGCCAUCACAGUCUUUCUGUUGUUUGGGGGCUCCCUGGCCCGAAUCUUUACUUCCAUUCAGGAAACUGGAGACCCCCUCCUGGCUGGAACCUUUGUGGUCUCUUCUCUUUGCAAUGGCCUCAUCGCUGCCCAGCUCCUCUACUACUGGAAUGCAAAGCCUGCCCACAAGCUGAAAAAAGCGCAGUAGAGCAGAGCCGAGCCAGUUACUGGAGUCAUCUGUGUUUCCAUUCACCCAUCCAACCUCAGGGGUCCUUCCCACUUGAGCCAGUCUGCUGGUGUGACUUAAUUACUCUCCAUUCCUCUGCAGUUGCAGCUUGAGCCAGGUUUACUUUUAGUGAAAAUGGAUAGUUGGUGGAUGUAGAUCCUUAGAAAAGGAGAUGGGUGGAGUCUUUUAAACUGUCAUUCUGACAUUGGAAUGCGUGCCUGACUCCUAUACCUGUACUGUUGACUCUUCAUUAAUCAUUUGGCCAAGGCUCCUCUUUUAGCAACACUUUCCAGCUGUUUAACACUAUUCUGGGUAAACCUCUUACCCUUCCUCCCAUCUCCCCACUUCCCUUCUGUCCGUAGAGACAAAGCCUGGACUGUGGAAUGGAGGGACAAGGGGCUGUGGUCGCCUCCCUCCCCAGCCUGGUUGGAGCUGUCUCCUGGACCCCAGUGCUGGGGGUGGGGAAAGGGGGACAGAGAAUGACUCAGGCAGGGCCCCAGGGUGGGGUGAGGAGGUUCUUGCUCUGGCAGGUCCAGGCGGAAGGGAGUGGAGGCAGGACUGUUUUUCACUGCAAUGAGGGGAAAUAGUGAUGGGACAAUAAAGACUCAAAAGACAUAAUUUAGUCG